AUGCUGAAAUUUCACACGCUUUGCACUACUGUGACUACAACUUUUCAGAGACUUGCGAGGUCAAGCACCUUCGCGCCAAAAAUGCCUGACGUGUCUAAAAGAACGAAACGGACGCCAAAUUUCAACACUCUUGAGCGCGAAAAACUCUUCCGAUCGCCCCCAAAGGACAGGGUGACGUACAACAUCCUCAAUGAGUUCGUUACGCCUCACAUCGAAUCCUUCAACGGGCUUUUCGACGAUUCUGGUCUUCCUUCAGGCGAUGGAGAUGGAAGCGGCUUGCUCAGUCUGGCUCUGAAAGACAUCGGGGAGCGUGUCGUGUUUGAUGGAAAUGGCCAAGUUGGUUCCGAGAGCGGUCCGGACGGUUGGGGGAACAGGAUGCGAAUAUGGAUCGAACAGGUCACUAUUGCGCGGCCUAUGGUUCCCGACAAAGAUAGGACUGCCCUGGAGCGUAGAGUCUUUCCAACCGAAGCCCGUGAGCGACUGACGUCGUAUCGCGGAAGGAUGACCAUAAAGCUAUGCUGGUCCGAUCCUUCUGGACAGGUCAAUGAUCUAGUGAAGGAUUGUGGUCUGAUUCCAAUUAUGGUUCGGUCGGUACGCUGCAAUCUACGGUCCAUGUCCUCAGCAGAUCUUGUUCGGCAUCAUGAGGAACCUGAAGAAUUUGGAGGCUACUUUAUUAUCAACGGAAACGAACGUCUCAUCCGUUACCUCAUUCUACCACGCCGAAACCAUGUCAUUUCUCUCCUUCGUCCAUCCUUUGCCAACCGAGGCCCUUCAUACACACAAUAUGCCGUCCAAAUUCGUUGCGUCCGGCCUGACCAGACAAGUGUCACCAACACGCUGCAUUAUCUGCAAAAUGGAAGUGCGAUGCUUCGGUUUACAUGGCGAAAGCAAGAAUAUGUAUAA